AUGGAGAAGAUCAAGAGCUAUUUCACGGACAAGAAGGCGCAGGUCGUCGUCUUCUCCUCCACCGCCAUCGCCCUCUAUGGCUACGACCAAGGUAUGAUGAGCUUGAUCAACACAAAUGCCAACUACCUCUCCACCAUGGGCAUCGCCGAAGAAGAUCCUCAAGUCGGCGUGAUCGUCUCAGUCUACUACCUAGGUUGUGCCAUCGGCGCCAUCAUCUUCUCCUACCUAGCCGACAAAUACGGCCGCAAACCCGCCCUCUUCGGAUGUCUGGUUACUGCUUCUCUUGGUAACUUGAUCAUGUUCUGCUCCGGACUCGGGUACAGCAAAGGCGCUCUAGCAGUAAUGUAUCUGGGUCGUGUGGUGAUGGGUCUCGGGGUCGGAGGCGUGGACAGUGUCGUGCCCGUUUACAGCUCCGAACUCGCAUCCGAUGGAGCUAGAGGUAAAGCUUUGGCUCAGGAAUUCCAAAGCAACAUCUUCGGCUUGAACAUGGCUUUCGCCAUCAACCUGGCAGUGACAGUCCACCUAGGCAAGUACAACGAAUGGGCCUGGCGAAUCCCAAUCAUCUCCAUGCAAAUCUACCCCGUCUCCCUCCUCGCCAUCUUCGGCCAGCUGCCGGAGUCACCACGGUGGUACAUGUUCCACGACCGCACCGACGACGCCAACAAAUCCCUCAAGAAAAUCAUGGGCGAGGAAGACGGCAAGAAGAAAUUCGACGAGCUGACCGAAAGCGCCAAAUCCGAAUCCGACCAGAAAGUCGGGUACGCGGAUAUGUUCACACCGGGCCACCCUCAGUUCCAUCCUACCAUCAUCACGAUCAUGGGCCAAGUCAACCAGGCCCUGACAGGCUACGGCGCCGUGUCAGUCUACGGACCCCAGAUCUUCGAACUCCUAGGCUACAGUACCAGGAAAUCCGAGUACCUGACCCAAGGAAACUACAUCUCCUACUUCUUCCUCAUGACCUUCGCCUGGCUGCUCGUGGAUGCCGUGGGCCGGCGAACAGUCCUGCUAUGGGGCUCCGGUGUCCUGACCAUGUGUUUCUUCCUCCUCACACUCUUCGGUGGACUCUCGAUGAAUGCAGACGGUCUCGGCUUGACUCGUGAGGGGGUGGCAAUACCCGGUAUCAUCAGCUUGUUCGUCGCCACGGGGGCCUUCGGGAUCGGCUGGCUCGCCACCAUCUGGCUCAUCCCCACCGAAAUCUACCCCACCACUGCCCGCGCCCAAGGCACCGCCGUCUCCGUCGUCAUCUGGGGCCUGGCCAACUUCACCGUAACACUGCUCACGCCCAUCCUGUUCAAUAAUCUAGACUACUGGCUCUUCCUCGUCUUCGCGCUGACGAAUACUUUCGCGGGGUUGUGGACCUACCUUUACACGCCCGAGACGGGCGGGAGGAGUUUCGAGGAGAAUCAGGAGUUUUUCGAUUCGGCCAAGGAGGCCGGGACGUGGAGGGUGGGGAGGGUGAGGAAGGGCGAGUUUAUGUAUAUGCCUUAUCCCAAGCCGGAUGGGGAGGAGGGGGAGUCGCAGCCGUUGUUGCAGCGGAUACAGGAGCAGUUGUAG